AUGAACCUCCUCGCCUUCGGCUCCAACGGAUCCGGUCAACUAGGACUCGGCCACGAGGAAGACGUAUCAACACCAACCAAAUGUCUCUUCACACAUCCAACCGAACAAAAGCAAGAUGACAAAAUCAUCCAGAUAGUCGCUGGAGGAAACCAUACCCUUAUCCUCACAGAAACCGGAACUGUUUACGCAUCAGGCUGCAAUACAGACAGUCGUUGUGGGAUACCAUCACCAGCAGCACAAGAAUUGAACGACCAAGAACCCCGGGCCGAGACCCAAGCCGGGACUCAAGAUUAUAAUAGCAACAUCAACAUCAACACUUUUCAAAGGGUUGUCCUCAUUGAUCACGAAACGGGCACUACCGUGAAGAAAUUCAAAUGUAUCGCCGCUACGUGGGAGGGAUCUCUUCUUGUUUCUGAAAUCGAACUAAACGACGGAACUGCACAAGAUAGAGUAUUCGUGCAUGGAUCGUCAGCAAAGGGAGAAUUGGGAGUUGAAAGAUCUACUCUUCAACCCGGAACAUCAAUACCCAAUUUCCCACCAUCAAACACCAGCAUAAGAAGCAUUAAAUCCAGCAUGAACCACACCGUUACUGUUCUAUGCAACGGUACAGUCUACGGCUGGGGCGCAUCACGAAAAGGUCAACUGGGCGAGAACCUGAAAGCCGGGAAAAUCAUCUAUACUCCAUCGCAAAUCGAUGUUCCGUUCCACGCUACGAACGCUGUAUCCGGACGUGAAUUCACAGUCAUUGUUGGGGAUAAAGAGAAGGGAGAAAUUAUUGUUUUUGGGGAUCAAUUUAAUCGGUGGGGGAUAUGUGAUGUUAGGGAUGGGGAGGGAUUGAGGGAACGAGUACGGACACGGAUACGAGAAUGGGACUCGGAGAUUCAAGUUGAAGAAUCAGAACUCGACCGAGACCAAGACCGAGAACAAAGAAAAGAAAAAGAAAAAGAAAAAGGUGGAGAUGGAGAUGGAGCUAGAGCUAGUGUGGGUUUAUCUUCUCACGCUAGUACUAGUGCUACUAGCCCUACUGGUAGUACUAGUAUGUCACAGUCAUGGUGUCAGUGGGGAUUUGGAUUUGAGGAUAUCGGAGCUAGUUGGCAUGGAAUAUAUGUGCUUGUUCGCACUCGUGGUCAUGGUCAUGGUCAUGGCCGAUUUGUUAAUCCCAACUCUGAUAAGCACGAUGAAAAAGACGAAGAUGGGAAUGGGAAUGGAAUCAUUGUGUCCUGGGGAAGAAAUGAUCGCGGACAACUUCCAGACGCUGCACUUCCAUCAGUGCAUAAACUUGCUGUUGGGAGUGAACAUGCGCUUGUGCUUUUGGGGGAUGGGUCCGUGGCGGCGUUUGGGUGGGGCGAGCAUGGGAAUUGUGGACCGGAUACGGACAAUCGCGGCAAUGUGUCCGGGUACAAGGUGAUCUCGCUUCCUGAUACUAGUGCUAAGGUGCGAGGGAGUGGGAGGGUGGUUGGUGUUGGGGCUGGGUGUGCGACUAGUUGGGUUAUUUUGGAUUGA